GCAACACCCAAUCAGCAGAAGGCUCGACAGCAUUGGGAAAGUGAUAGCUGAACCACCUCCAUCCAUCUGUUCGCUAUAUGCGAAGGGAUGAUGCGAUCAGCCUCGGUGAAGACGAGAAUCCCGGAGAGGGAAGAAGAAGAAGAAGGGGGGCAAUGGGUGGAGCCUCCACGGGGAGCAUUCCGCUGCUCCCUUUCUCCGUCACAGGAAUCAUAGGCUUGGCCUUGUUCUACUUCUACUAUGUCUUUUGGAUCAGGCCCGAAAGGAUGAGAAGUAAACUGAGGAGCCAGGGAAUAGACGGUCCUCCUCCUUCCUUGAUCCAUGGCAACAUAUUGGAGAUGAGAAAGAUUCUUCGAGAAGAGAGGAAGAAGAAGGCUCAAGAGGAAUGCGCCCCGAGUGUCACAGCCUGCUAUGUUUCGGCGCUCUUCCCUUACCUAACCCGUUGGAGAAGGAGAUAUGGUCCCAUAUUUAUGUACUCGACGGGCAGCAUGCAGACAUUGCACGUAAGCCACCCUGAUCUUGUCAAGGAGAUCAGUGUUUGCAAGUCUCUAGAUUUAGGGAAGCCUUUGUACUUACAGAAGGAUCGUGGAGCUCUUCUAGGUAAAGGAAUUUUGACAUCAAAUGGGGCUCUUUGGGCUCACCAGAGGAAGGUUAUAGCUACAGAGUUGUUCAUGGACAAGGUCAAGGGCAUGGUUGACCUAAUAGUGGAAGCCGCUAUUCCAUUGUUUAAGUCAUGGGAAAGUGCAGUUGACAAUGGAGGGGGCAGUAGUGAUAUAGUUGUUGAUGAAGAUUUGAGAAAAUUUUCAGCUGAUGUGGUCUCGAGAACUUGUUUUGGAAGUAGCUUUGCUGAAGGCAAGGAAAUUUUUUCUCGACUUCGUCAACUUCAAAUGUUAAUGUCAAAGAUCAGUAUAUUUAUUGGGAUUCCUGGAGUAAGAUAUUUACCAAUGAAAAGCAAUCGAAAGAUAUGGAGGUUGACUCAAGAGAUACGAACACUGAUCCUUAAUAUAGUCAAAGAACGUAGAGAAGACAUUUCCACAUCUUCAGGACAAGAUCUAUUACAAUCCAUCAUUGAGGGUUCCACUAUCUCAAAUUCUGGACUUGAUUCGGCAGAGAGCUUCAUCGUUGAUAAUUGCAAGAACAUCUACUUUGCGGGGCAUGAGACAACAGCAGUGACUGCUACAUGGUGCUUGAUGCUUCUGGCUUCACACCCUGAGUGGCAACACCGUGUUCGUGAAGAGGUCUUGGAGGUCUGUCAAGGAAAAUUUCCAAACUAUGACAUGCUUCGCAGAUUAAAAAUGCUGACAAUGGUGAUCCAAGAGACGCUGCGUUUGUAUCCUCCAGCAGCAUUCAUGGUGAGGGAGACCCUUCAGGAUAUGAAGCUCGGAGACAUCCAUAUACCAAAGGGCAUCACCAUUUCAACCCCAAUAGCAUCGUUGCACCAUGAUCCAGAAUACUGGGGAUCUGAUACUGAUGAGUUCAAACCCAACAGAUUCUCACGCGGAAUUGCUGGUGCUUGCAGAUCCCCUCAUGCCUACAUACCCUUUGGCUCAGGGACAAGGACAUGUGCAGGUCAAAAUUUUGCAAUGGUGGAGCUCAAAGUCAUUCUCUCGCUGCUCCUCUCCAAGUUCGUCUUCUCAGUGUCACCAAGUUAUCGUCAUUCUCCUGCAUUCAGGCUGACCAUAGAACCCGAGUUUGGCGUGCCGCUUAUCGUUAAACGCCUUUGAAUCUUGGUUACUAUUUCUAUUCUCAAGUUUCAAUUUUCUUUGUUGUUGCAAACUUACAGAAUUAAUAUUGUGAGACUUGAAUGGAAUCCUUGGGCACUUGUUGCCUCUCAUGGUGUUAGUAAGCUACAGUCCUGUGGAUUAAUCUCA